UAUGAGUAGUUGUUAACUGUAGGGGUGUGUGAGAGAGCUUCCUAGAGAAAAAAAACAAGAGAUGGCGGCAAACAACAAAGAAAAAGAUGGAGGAGCAGAUGAACCCAGAAUAAUAUGGAGCGAAAAUCGAGACAGAUUCGAAACAGAAGACAAGAAAGCUUAUUUAGAAUACCAUCUUCAAAUCCAUGGAAAUUCCCAAAUCAUGAACAUUCUUCACACCUUCGUUCCUACUUCCAAACGAGGCCUUGGAUUAGCCUCUCACCUCUGCGUUGCCGCCUUCAAUCAUGCGCAGUCUCACUCUUUGUCCGUCAUUCCAUCAUGCUCCUAUGUCUCUGACACAUUUCUUCCAAGAAAUCCAACAUGGAACUCGUUAGUCUACAAAGAAGAUCUUAAAUCCAGUAUCUGAAGCUUCUUUCUGCAACUUCCCUACUCAAAUACUAAAAUACAAGCUUUGUAAUGCUACUGUAACACGCAUUGCGUUGUAUCAAAAAGGAUAUUGUAAUCGAAAAUACAUUUGAUUUUAUAAAUAUUACUGUUUCCCAGUUUCCUUCA